CUGGGAGGGGCCCGCGGCUGGACAACAAAUGGAGCGGGAUUGGGCUCCCACCAUGGCCCCUGAGAGGGGCUGACUCUCCUGGGUGCAGCUUGAACUGACCCCUACCCCCAGAUGCCGGUGCCGAAGCAGCCAGGCCCAGCACAGCCCAAGAAACGCGGCCCAAGGAGCGGCGCGCUGUCCAUCUCGGCGCCGCUCGGCGACUUCCGGCACACACUGCACGGCCCAGGUCAACAACUGAGAUUUGAGGCCAGCAGCCGUGACCAAGCGUCCGUUUCCCCACCCCCGCAGCUUGAACUGACCCCUACCCCCAGAUGCCGGCCCGAUGCAGAUGCGCGCCAGGGAAUGCAGCCCCGCCGGGCCCCCCGCCCUGAUGCCCGCCUGGAGCUGGACCAGGAUCUCGGCUUGUAGCGCCCG